AUGAGUACCCAUCCAGAAUCAUCUGAUAGGCCCGCAACUACAUCACCGACUGACUUGACAAAUCUGGGAGCUCAAUUGCGUGAAGUUCUAAACCGAUUUAAUGAGCUGAGCGUUGGAAUGAUGGCCCAACGGCGAGUAAUCGAUCAAUUGGUAGCUAGUGGUGCUAGCGAUGAACAACAUGAGCCCUUACCUCCUGGCCAAUCUGGACCUCAACCCAUAUUUUUACCUUAUACUCAAACCUUUGUUACUUCACAAGUCAUAAACCCCCCUGAGGAAGCCUUUACUUAUUCCACUCAUGGCCCGCAACCUGCUUAUGUACCUCACAUCCAAACAAACCCUCCUCAUGUCCAAAUUCCCCAAAAUUAUCCGCCAAUUACUAUGAGCAUGCCAUUCGAACCGCGGGGACCUUAUUAUUACCCCACCGCUGAGCCGUUCACCCUAGAUACCGCUGCUCAAGGGAAAAUUGAAGCCGGGGAGUCAUCCGCACCAGUGGAUAAGAAUUUGCUAAAGCGAUUGGAUCGGUUUGAGGAUUUCAUAAGGAAAAACCAAGGCUUGAACAAACAAGGAGGGUUGGACUACAACGAGCUGUGCCUAUUUCCGGAUAUGCAAUUGCCCAUGGGUUUCAAAACACCCAAGUUUAGCAACUUAGAAGGUGACGCGUUGGAUUGGUUUUCCAAUUUGAAGCCUGAGGAUAUGAGAUCUUGGAUGGAUUUGUCAACUGUUUUUAUGAGGCAAUACGAAUACAAUUGCGAGCUCGCUCCAACGAGGGCCACACUUGAGGGGACUAAAAGAAAACCAUCUGAGGACCACAAGACGUACGCGAAGAGAUGGAGGAAAUUGGCCGCCAAGGUGGAGCCUCCUAUGACUGAAAACGAGAUUGCCGGAAAAAUUAUUAAUGUGUCAACAUUGAAGAUGCAACUAGAGGCUCUGCAAGGCCAGAAUGACAGUGGGAAAAAAUCCCAAUCUAAGGGAAAAGAAGAGGAAACUGCUUUUGUUGGGAAUCAGGGCCCCUCGGCCAGACCUAGAUUUUCAAACCGCCUUGCUUAUUCAUCACCCUAUCCAUACUACCCAAACUUCCGUCCUAUCCAUCAUACCACUAUUAACCAUUCUCGACCUCGACCAAAUUAUCCAAAUGUACUCACACCACCCUUUCAAAAUCCUCAACCAAGUCUCCAAACUAGACCUCGCCCUCCUUUUAACCCAAGACCUAUUCCACCCCCUAGCCCAAAUUACUACUACCAACAAACCAGUGACACCCAAAAUUCAACAUCAAACCGAACCUUCACCAAUCUAGGUCGGCCUGUUGACCAAUUAUAUGAGCAAUUGAAAGCUGUUGGGAAAAUUGGUGUUAUACCUCCUAAAAUCUAUUCCAAUCGCUUUCCUUCUGACUAUGACCCUCAAGCGGUCUGCGCUUAUCAUUCUGGGGCUCCCGGGCAUUCCACCAACGAUUGUCGGGCAUUGAAACAUAAAAUCCAGGAUAUGAUCGAAGUCGGAGAAAUAGUGCUAAGGAAAAAGGGUGAACAGGGACAGAGCAUAAGUACAAAUUCCUUUCCCGAACACAAGGACGCCUUUGAGGCAUCCAACCCCAAUGAAGAAAUUUGA